UCAGCCUGUGGAUGUGUGCCUGCCACGGGGCUCCUUCACCGGCAAAGUGGAAAAAGAAGUGGUUCACGAGAAAUUCUUCUUUUGGGUUGGGGGAAACCUACUGGAUUAUAACUGUUUUCUUCUUUUCAAAACCGGGCGUCCCUGGACUGGAAGGAAAUCUACAAGUGGCCUGACGUUUGAUGCUCCAGAGUCUUCUGAGGCUCGUUGCUUGACUUCUACGGAAGCGGGACUAAUUGAGGAGGAGUAGGGGCCCUCUGUUUCUGAGGAUUCUGUUCUACAGAGAAUGUUCUGCACCCACUGAUCUCCAGCUCCAUCUUCUGAAAUGAUCCUGAUUCCCAGAAUGCCACUGGUGCUGCUCCUGCUCCUGCUCAUCCUGGGCUCUGCAAGAGCUCAGGUUAAUCCAGCCAUAUGUCGCUAUCCUCUGGGCAUGUCAGGAGGCCACAUUCCAGAUGAGGACAUCACAGCUUCAAGUCAGUGGUCAGAAUCCACAGCUGCCAAAUAUGGGAGGCUGGACUCUGAAGAAGGAGAUGGCGCCUGGUGCCCUGAGAUACCAGUGCAACCCGACGACCUGAAGGAAUUUCUGCAGAUUGACUUACGGACCCUACACUUUAUCACUCUUGUGGGGACCCAGGGGCGCCAUGCUGGAGGUCAUGGUAUUGAAUUUGCACCCAUGUACAAGAUCAACUACAGUCGGGAUGGCAGUCGCUGGAUCUCCUGGCGUAACCGGCAUGGGAAGCAGGUGCUUGAUGGCAACAGUAACCCUUAUGAUGUUUUCCUGAAGGACUUGGAGCCACCCAUUGUAGCCAGAUUUGUUCGCCUUAUCCCAGUCACUGACCACUCCAUGAACGUGUGCAUGAGGGUUGAGCUCUAUGGUUGUGUCUGGCUAGAUGGCUUGGUAUCUUACAAUGCUCCAGCUGGGCAGCAGUUUGUACUCCCUGGAGGCUCCAUCAUUUAUCUGAAUGAUUCUGUCUAUGAUGGAGCUGUUGGGUACAGCAUGACUGAAGGGCUAGGCCAGUUGACUGAUGGAGUUUCUGGCCUGGAUGAUUUUACCCAGACCCAUGAAUACCAUGUGUGGCCUGGCUAUGACUAUGUGGGAUGGCGGAACGAGAGCGCUACCAAUGGCUUCAUCGAGAUCAUGUUUGAAUUUGACCGAAUCAGGAAUUUUACUACCAUGAAGGUCCACUGCAACAACAUGUUUGCUAAAGGUGUGAAGAUCUUUAAGGAGGUCCAGUGCUACUUCCGCUCUGAAGCCAGCGAGUGGGAACCCACUGCUGUCUACUUUCCCCUGGUCCUGGAUGAUGUGAAUCCCAGUGCCCGGUUUGUCACGGUGCCCCUCCACCACCGAAUGGCUAGUGCCAUCAAAUGCCAAUACCAUUUUGCCGACACAUGGAUGAUGUUCAGCGAGAUCACCUUCCAAUCAGAUGCUGCAAUGUAUAAUAACUCCGGAGCCCUUCCUGCCUCUCCUGUGGCACCCACAACCUAUGAUCCCAUGCUUAAAGUUGACGACAGCAACACCCGGAUCCUGAUUGGUUGCUUGGUGGCCAUCAUCUUCAUCCUGCUGGCUAUCAUCGUCAUCAUCCUGUGGAGGCAGUUCUGGCAGAAGAUGCUAGAAAAGGCUUCACGGAGGAUGCUGGAUGAUGAAAUGACAGUCAGCCUUUCCCUGCCCAGCGAGUCCAGCAUGUUCAAUAACAACCGGUCCUCAUCACCGAGUGAACAGGAGUCCAACUCGACUUACGAUCGAAUCUUCCCCCUUCGCCCUGACUACCAGGAGCCAUCCAGACUGAUCCGAAAGCUCCCAGAGUUUGCCCCAGGGGAGGAGGAAUCAGGCUGCAGUGGUGUUGUGAAGCCAGCCCAGCCCAGUGGACCUGAGGGUGUGCCCCACUAUGCAGAAGCUGACAUCGUGAAUCUCCAGGGAGUGACAGGUGGUAACACCUACUCUGUGCCCGCUGUCACCAUGGACUUGCUCUCAGGAAAAGAUGUGGCUGUGGAAGAGUUCCCCAGGAAACUGCUGGCCUUCAAGGAGAAGCUGGGAGAAGGCCAGUUUGGGGAGGUUCAUCUCUGUGAAGUGGAGGGGAUGGAAAAAUUCAAAGACAAAGAUUUUGCACUCGAUGUCAGUGCCAACCAGCCUGUCCUGGUGGCCGUGAAAAUGCUCCGAGCAGACGCCAACAAGAAUGCCAGGAAUGAUUUUCUUAAGGAGAUAAAGAUCAUGUCUCGGCUCAAGGACCCAAACAUCAUCCGUCUCUUAGCUGUGUGCAUCACUGAGGACCCGCUCUGCAUGAUCACGGAGUACAUGGAAAAUGGAGAUCUCAAUCAGUUUCUCUCUCGCCAUGAGCCUCUGAGUUCUUGUUCUAGCAGUGCCACUGUCAGUUACACCAACCUGAGGUUUAUGGCUACCCAGAUUGCCUCUGGUAUGAAGUACCUUUCAUCUCUCAACUUUGUCCACCGAGAUCUGGCCACACGAAACUGCUUAGUGGGCAAGAAUUACACCAUCAAGAUAGCUGAUUUUGGGAUGAGCAGAAACCUGUACAGUGGUGACUACUACCGGAUCCAGGGCCGGGCAGUGCUCCCCAUCCGCUGGAUGUCCUGGGAAAGCAUCUUGCUGGGAAAAUUCACCACAGCAAGCGAUGUGUGGGCCUUUGGGGUGACUCUGUGGGAGACUUUCACCUUCUGCCAGGAGCAGCCCUAUUCUCAGCUGUCAGAUGAGCAGGUUAUUGAGAACACUGGAGAAUUCUUCCGAGACCAAGGGAAGCAGAUCUAUCUCCCUCAACCAGCCAUUUGCCCCGACUCUCUGUAUAAGCUGAUGCUCAGUUGCUGGAGAAGAGAAACCAAGCACCGACCAUCCUUCCAAGAAAUACACCUUCUGCUUCUUCAGCAAGGAGCUGAGUGAUGCCAUCGGUUCCUGGCAAUGUUCCUGUGGUCCAGAUCCUUCCCACAAGGCCUAGCGCUCACCCACAUCUAAGCCACUCCAGCCGGACAUUCGAUGGACCUGAGAGACAGUCACUCUGCCCUCUCUGUCCCGCCUCCACUACACUUCCCUGCUUCCUACCGUUGACUCACAUAUACUUUUUUUUUUACAUGAAAUAACUAAAAGAAGAAAAAAUAUAGAGCAGAUAUUAGUAAAAGAAAUGUUACUUGAUAUACCAAACGGUUAGAUAAUGAAGACUAGCAACUUUGAUAAUUUAUAAAGGUUAUGCUUAUGUUUAUAAGUGUGCAGAUCCUACAAUAUUUUUCCAUGUCACUUUCUGUAAAAUAUCUUUAGAAAGAAAAACUUGAAGAAUAUGAAUGUCUUGGGAAACAUGAGAUUAGGCUUAAGGAAAAUACUUGGUAGUAAUGAGGAGUUGCAGGAUUUGGCAUUCUACAACAAAUGGAUGAUUUUAAAAAAGCUCUACCUUGUUUCUUGGAAUUCUUCAAUCAUGGCCAGAGAUCGGAGCCUACCUAUGAAACAGGGCAUAUGGGUAGAAAGAAGUGUCUGUUGAAGUAGGACACAGAAAGGGAAAGAUUCCAGUAGACCAUGGUCAUAGGAAAGGAGGUCCUUGGAGGAUUCGUUGUUCAUGUGUGAGUGUCUUCACCUGUGUGUUUUAGUGACAACUUGACAUUAGUCAGUAAAGCCUAGUGUUUUGAUACUUUAGUGGUUGCUCCAUCCGUUCCUUGUGCCAGUUCUAUUUCUUUCAAUAUGUGGUGCCUUUGUGGGACUUGUAGGCUAGGGCCUCAACUUCUCAGGCAUAAGUGACCAAUGUCAUGCCCAACAUACAAGAGAUAUGUUCAGAGUGUUUCCAAAAGGUUAGAAGAAGUUAUAGGAAGACUUUUUUUCUAUUCCUUACUUGGGAAAAUAUGGAAAUAGAACAUACACAGGUGAAUGGGCUUCCUCAGAGAUGGGGAGUCUCUCAUCUCUGAAAAGUUUCGGAUACUAUCUGAUGAACUAUGCAAGGAAGAGGUUCUUGAAUACCGGAUACAUAUGCAUGGGGUAAUAAAAGGAUGACCAUUUGGUGUUACUGCAAGUGUUUUUGCCAAAGAUAGUGUGGGCAGUGGCAAAGUAUGAAGUUCUGGCUUUGAGAUUCAUGAGAACAGAUGCAUGAUCAAACAGGAGUCACCUUAGAGCAGAUCCUAAGUUUUCAUCUUCCAUAAACUCUAUCAUUCAGCAGAAAUAUAGACUAUAAAACCCCUAAGUACUACAAAGGGAAACCAAGCCGAGGUAAAAUAGUAAUGGCCUGCUUCUGUCUAUCCAGUCAGCUUGCUCCAUGGUCUCUAUGAAACCUGAGAGUUUCUUGGUUCAGCCUUCAGCAUGGCUACAGGACACAGCAGAUGUAUAACUCUAAGUCUUAACAUUAAUUUUGUAGAUCCCAUUCACUCAUAGCAAAUUUUACCUCUUCCAUGGCUUUCCUCUCAAACAAAGAGGUCAGAGAGAGCUUUGGGUUGGGAACUCUCGUCCUGUUCUCCCUCAAGCCAAGUAUGCCAUCUUCCCAAGUCUUGCUUCUCUCUGAAUUUGUUUUCUUAUCUGUCUCCCAUGAAAAUCAAAUUAGAUGAUUUAGUAAUCUCUUGGAGUUCUGCUAGGUUUUGUGCUUGCUGGAUAACUAGAUUUGUGGUUGAUGUAGGUUCAGUUUCUGCUCAGACAAUUGUGGCCAGUAAUAGUGAUUCUGAGAGACAUUAUUUAAGUAAUAUGGCACCUGCAUUAUAGCUGCUGUAGAGUGAUCAGGUAUUUUCAUGUUAUCUCAUUUGAUAGUUCUAGGGCCAGACAUGUUUCUUUCACAACUCUUGACUAUAUGCUCUUCAGUAUUCUGCCCCCAGUUCACUGUAUUCCUUUGAAAAUGAAAUUUCCAGGACUUUGCUUUAUGGAACUAAUCUAUUCCAGAUGGCUAUCAGAUAUAUAUCAUCAUGUACAGGCACUUUUUUUUGGUAUUAAGAAGGUUCCACCUUCUGGCACUGAAACCUUUGUAUUAUAGACACAGGUUUAGUUUCUAUUUACACUAGUAGAAUUUAGCAGUACACGUUUGAGUGACCUACCGUGGUAGACACGGUAAGGGCUUACUCUAAAGACUUACUCUGUAGAAAGGUAGCUCAAAUCUGAAUUAGAGAAAUGGAGGUAAGCUUUGAAAGAAAGCAGAAACAGAUGAGAAACUGUUGGUUAUUGUUAUUUUCCCAGGUUACUUGUGAUCAUGAUAUAUGUGAACAAUUUAUGUCAAGAUGUCCUUUAGACUGUCAUAUUUCAAUUUAUACCUUUGUUGAUGAAUGCAUACAUUAUCCAGGUCCAUUUUUUUUUAAUGUUGGGGCUCAUACCUAGAGCUCACAUUUGCUAGGCAUGGGUUCUGUCAUUGUAUCUAUGUUCAAAUCUUGAUAUAUAGCCUAGUAUCUAUGUUCAAGUCUUGACCUGGUGACCAGACAAAUGUGUAAAUAUGUCACAUAUGUGAUCUGGAGUGGAAACGAGUGCACUGAGGGGAGCCUGCAUUGUUGGAGCUAUGGAAAGAUUGUCUGUGAAUGCUCAAAACUGCAUAACAAAAGAGGGCUAGAUGCAAGUGUGCAAGUAGUAUUUUUAAAAAGUGGUUACAGGAAUGUAUGUGUGUGUGUGGCUGGAUGGAGAGGAUGGGGAGAAAAAUGAAAAAGAAGUCUCCACGAAGAGAGGCAAGGAGAGAUUCUAGAGAAGACGCAGGGUGAGGCAAGUCAGAUGUGGUAGAGACAGGGCUGGGUGGAGGCCGUGAAGUCAACACUGAUGCAUGAAAAAAGAUCUGAGAGAGGUUAGAAAAGGUGUCUUGGGAAGAAUUGGAGAGUAAGUAAAGGAGACAUGCUGAGUGAGGGAGCCUGACUUGAUUAAAUCGAUGGAAGGUCCACCGUAGGUAAUGCAAGGGAUUUUUGCAGAGUUGGGGAAGCACAUGGUCUUCAUGGAUACAGAAACAAGUAGCCACCAGAGCCACUAGGGAGUGACCUCCUCAUCUCAGAAAGUGGGUACAGAAGGUAGUUUGCUCCUCUGUGGGUUCUAGACCACAUCUAGCGCUGGUGGCCAUGUUGUCUGUGUCCCGGACUUGAGUUUCAUGUGCUGUUUUGGCAUGAAGACCUAGGAGUUUGUGGUAGUUACCGAAUCCACUUUCAUUGAUGCUCAUCCUUGCUUGGUCUAAAAUGGCCACAGCAAACAUGAAAACAACAGGUGUAAGUUAGACAAUACUAAACUUUGUCUCAUUUUUGACAGAGGGGUGUGCCAUAUUGGAAACAUGUUUGUCUAUUUACCACCCGGGCAUUCCACAAGACCAGUGUGAUGUGGGCUUAGGCCAUGUGUUUUAAGUAAAGAGGAGGUGGGGGGGCGUGUCAGGAUAAAGUGGGUGUGGGAAGGUGUUCUGAAGACAUGUAUUAGAAAACAGAGCAGUGUCUGGUUUCAUCCAGUACAAAAUGAAAAGAAUUGCAAUACGUUGCUUACUGCAAUGCAACUUUGAUCCUAAGUUGAAUUUGUGGGCUUGGCAUUUGCAUCAUAGUCUUUUUGUUUUCUUUUGAAGCCUAUGUCCUUGGGCACUGUGUGGGGUAAGCCCCCCCCCCCAAUGUUUUGGCAAGAUGCCGAUUCUGGUCUCCUGGAAAACUUUUUGAAGUUUCAUAUUCUAGAAACAGAUGAAUGUCAUUGGUGCUUGGUGAGUUAAUUGGAAUCCCAAGUUAAGAAAGAAGGAAGCUGGGUAGUUACUAAGGACUUGAGUAGUCUGGCAGGAAAAGACUGGGGAGGGACCAGUUAGCUGUCCCAUGUUUUUCAGAAAUUUCUUAUUUUGCAAUUGUCUGAGACUUGAAAUAAGUUACAAAAUAAUCAGCACAGAAUAGUCUUACCCCGGAUCUGUUCCUCACCCCCCUCCCUACCCCCGCUGAAAAUAUUUUAGUCUAUUUUCACCUGUUUGAACCAUUUUCAAAACUAAACUCUAGGCCCAACUUGGCUUUCACCGGUGUUCCUACCUUGUAUGCCUUUGCUCACCUGAUAUUUUUAGCCUUUGUUGGUUUGUUACCUGGCUUUGGUGGCAUACAGGAUAAAAGAUUCUACCUAGAUAUUACAACUGAGAGAAAACAUCGAGUUGACAAGAGCUUUUAUCCGUGACCAAUGUUCCACGUAUUUGCUGAGUCCACUUUUAAUUAAAGCUCACCAUUGCUGGGCCUAGAAUGGCCAGGUCAUGACACAGGAUUCAUGCCUCAUGACUAACUCCUCUGUUUGGUACCCCCAAACAACCCAAGAACAACUUCAGAAGAGUAACAAUCUAAAAGGCUUUUAAGUGGGGAGGAAUCCUAAACAGAAGAAUGGGACUUGUGUUGGUGACAAGAGGGGUCUAUGAUAAAGCAGUGCUUUGGUCAAGAAUUAAGUGGUGCUGAAUGGAAGGAAGCAGGGGUAGUCUGGACCUGGAAGAUGACACAAAUAUCACCCCCCCCCCAAUGUGAGGUUAACCGUUGUCUUCAGAGAACCAGCGAAGCUUCGUUUGCUUAGCUGUUCAUCCUUAAUUGUAAUAUCAGCUGCUAAACUAAAUGUAAACACAACAGCUUCCUGGGGAAGAGUUAAAAGUUGAAACUCUAGUUUCCUGGAUCAUGACUUUGGGUUUUCUGUUAGACAUUUUAAAGCUGUCUUGCUUAAGGGCUACAGAAUAGUAAUUGUCUGUGGCUUAUGGAUUUCCUAGCACACAAGUGAAUAUUUUGUGAAUUUAUGUUUUUAAUGAAUAAAGUAUGGAAAAAUUA